UUCAGUUCAGUCUCAAAGCGGUGCAGUCAGCAGCAGUAACGUGGAACCGAUCUAAAAUAUAUUCGAACUUUCAACAGAUUUAAAAUAAAGUGUUUUGUGAAUUUGUAAAAAGAGGAGACAGCCGCACAAUGAUGACAAACCGAUGUGCUUGCUUCGCCUUGGCGUUCCUGCUCUUCUGCCUCUUGGCCAUCUCGAGCAUCGAGGCAGCUCCAAUGCCCAGGUACCAAUCCAAUGGCGGAGGAUAUGGAGCUGGCUAUAACGAGCUGGAGGAGGUGCCCGACGACCUGCUGAUGGAGCUGAUGACUCGCUUUGGACGCACCAUCAUUCGGGCACGAAACGAUCUGGAGAACUCCAAGCGAACCGUGGACUUUGGCUUGGCACGGGGAUAUUCGGGAACCCAGGAGGCGAAACAUCGCAUGGGUCUGGCUGCGGCCAACUUCGCAGGUGGACCAGGACGAAGGCGGCGAUCGGAGACCGAUGUCUAAGUCGGCAGGACGAGGCCGGGCUGCGUAUCCUGUGGACGUUAAGGACGAGUGUCAACUUCUCAACUUAAACUUGACCCAUUCGACUCUAUUUAGAGCUUUAAUUUGCAUUAUGUUGGAUUGUUUGUUAUUCAUUGUACAUAUAUAUUUAUUACGGAUCUAUCUUCAUGUACUCACCGUAUGUUUCUUUACAACUGUUUUGCAUUAUUAUGAGAAAUAACUAUUAACAGAUAUCGAAAUUAUAUAUACCAAUGGCGAACACCCAAAUAAAAACGUUAAUCUGUUGCUCCGAAAGAAACUGUUGAACACUAUUUAUGCAAAUCUCUAUCUCAGAUUGAACUCAGUUUUAAUUACUCGUCUUAACCACAAAAUAUGAGGAAAACUUAAGAGAAGAGAAGGAAGAAAUUUAAAUAAAUAUCUUAAAUAUAUAUUCAAGUGUAAGCAAAAUCGCGCAAAAAAUCUUUAACUAGGUAUGUCUUACAUAAACAUAAAAGCUACACAAAAACACACUUUCGGCCCCCAAACGAAGCCAUCAAAACCCCAACGAAACUGAAAGUUUAUUUCAACAAUAGCCGAACAGUCUCUCGCAGACUUUUAAGUAUUGUAAAUAUAAAUUACUAAAACACACGUACAAGUAAUGCGAUACAAAUAUAUAUAAAUAUAUAUACACUUUCGGAAUUCUACUUGCAUAUAUUUAAUAAUUACUGUGUCUAUGGAAAAGCUGCAAACAUAUUACUUAUCGUCAGUCGGGACACGAUCAAAUAAAAGUCUACAUUUUGAGAAACUUCA